AUGGGCUGUGUAGGUACGCUCCCUGGCGAUGUGCUAGCCGAGGACACUGAGACCUGCACGGACUGGAUCAGUCUGGAACGAUUCAUUCUCGGCGGACCGGAAGUGAAUCGGCUCUUCAUGACCGGCGAGCACCCCAACGCCCCUGCAGAUCUUGAAGCGAUAUAUCUGGUUAGACAUGUCCUUGAAAUUUAUUCGGACAAGGGCUAUGACUUUGAACGUCGUUUUCUGAUGUGGUUCUCCCUCCAUUCGAAUAACAGCCUCUCGCUCUCCACGGCGACUCGAGCUGUCCUGCGUGCCAUGGUCGGUGUGGCCGCCAACAUCCAGCGACUCGCGUGUAUCUGCUUGAUCACCCUGCACGCCCGUCUGCAGGCCGCUCUACCCCAGUACUUGCACUCCAUCCGCGGGAUCCCGUGCGUGAUGCCAUGCCAGCUGCGCGAUGUGGGGCCAUUCUCAUGGAUCGAAGAAUAUCGCGUCUACCGUGCCCUGUGGCACCUGCAAGUCUUCAGCGAUCUGCUCGAGACCGGGACCCGGCUGCACUGGUCGGCCGACGAUAUGGUGUGGAGCGGCCAGGAAGACAACCGGGCCGCGUGA